AUGAGGGAUGGUGUCACAGGAGUAUUCAAAGGAAAAAAGGCUCAAAGUCAACAACCAAGUGGUUCGGGCCAAGUACCUCAGAGAAAGGGAGCAUGGGCUCGUAUGAGGGAUGGUGUCACAGGAGUAUUCAAGAAAAAAGGACCUUCAAAACAGCCUGUACCGAGUAUGACAAAGAGUGAAAAGAAAGCUGCCAAAGUUCAGCGUAUGCAACAAAAGAAAGCUGCUAGAAGUGAGAUGAUGGCACAAAAGAAAGCUGUCAAAGCUGAGCGUAUACAACAAAAGAAAGCUACCAAAGAUCAGCUUGCGGCACAAAAGAAAGCUGCCAGAGAUCAGCUUGCGGCACAAAGGAAAGCUGCCAGAGCCAAGACUAUAUCACAAAAGAGAGUGCAACCUCCUACAACUUUUGGGAAAAUGAUGGGAAAGUAA